AUGAAAUACUUGCUUGAUUGUGAUAUAAUAGGAAGUCAUGAUGCUUAUGGUGAUAAUGGUUGGGGAUUCAAUGGAUUGAAAAAGUAUGGAGGUUGGGGUUCAAAUGCAGGUUAUGGAGGUCAACAUGGUAGCCAUGGACAUAACCAAGGUUAUGGACUUUAUUCAAGAAACCGAGGUUAUGGUUACGAAAAGCAAUGGGCUUACGAUAAAGAAUACGCCAAAAAGGCUCAUAAUGGAGGUUAUGGUGACCAUGGUUCGAACUGGGGUCAUCACAAUAACCAUGGACACCAUGGUCUUGACUCACAUGCCAACUAUGGACACAACAAAUAUGGAAACCACGACAAAUAUGGUAACUCAGGGCACGGACGAUAUGGUCACAUUUUGGGUGCUUAUGGAUCGUCAGGCCAUCAAUACGCUGCUCCAUCUUAUGGACACUCAUCCGGUGGCUACGGUGACCACGAACCCUAUGCUAGUGCUCCCGUUGGUGUUACUUACUAUUAGAUUAAUUAUCAACUCUUAUCAUUAUAAUUAUCAUCAAAUUCACAUGAAAAUUGGUUAAUGGAAAACAUCAACACUUAUAAACUCAUUUCAAGUUAAUUCACAAUUAACUUUUGUAAUUAAGAUCAUUUAUAUAAACCUUCAAUCUGUUCUCAUAUUAUUUUCAUCAAACAAUCAACUUUAAUAUCAAUUGGUCAACAAUUAAUAUCACCAGAAUCAAAAGAUAAAAUCAAUGUAAUGAUCAUUGAUCAAAGUUUUUUUUUCACUAGGAAUAAUUAACUAAUUGGUAACAAUUUAAGCUUAAAAAUACAAUGUAUUUACCAUAUUUUACUUUCCUAAAAAUUUUUGUAUUUAAAACUAAUUGUUGGUUAAUUAACUGUUUUCUUUAGCUAAAUUAACUUUGAUCAUUUUUUAUUAUUUCCUGUCACCAAUACUCAUUAAUCAUCUGAAAUCUUGACUAAUUCAACAACAAUCAACAGUUUCUCAAUCAUCACAGACUCACAAUUGUAAUAUUUAAAUAAAGAUUAUUUUCAAUUAAUUAA